AUUAUAUGGAGAAAUACUAAAAGGUCUCCAUUAUUACUUCUCAUAGAUAUACACAACACACAAGGGUUGGGGAAAAAAUUUAUAAAAAAAAAAUGAAAAACAGAAACUUUAUGUAACAUGUAAGAUAUAUAAAAAGAAAUGGUGGAUCUGAUUCUAGUUUCAUCUGAAAAUCCUUUGGUAUGAAGACUUGUUUAACUCAUCACCUAACUAAGAAAAAACGACAUGGCAACAACACAGGGAGCUUAUUCAGCCAUUAAACCCAUUUGGGGCUUCUCUUUAUAAGGCUGAGUUGCAUGACCAUCGUUCUCACUCAUCACCCUUAUUUCUCACAAAUCAAAAUAACUCAGAAACACAAAAGGAAAGAAAAGAUACCAAUGGAGUCUUGGUGGGUUCGAGCUUUUGUCUUGUUGGCAUUUUGCUGCCUUCUUCCUGGUUUGGCAGAGUCCACAGUUCGCCAUUACAAAUUCAAUGUGGUGUUGAGGAAAGCAACAAGACUUUGCUCAAGCAAGCCCAUCGUCACUGUCAAUGGACAGUUCCCUGGACCAACCAUUUAUGCUAGGGAGGGCGACAAUGUGCUUGUCAAAGUCGUCAACCAUGUCAAAUAUAACCUUUCCAUUCACUGGCAUGGAAUCAGGCAACUCCGAACAGGCUGGGCUGAUGGUCCGGCAUACAUUACGCAAUGUCCAAUCCAGCCGGGGCAAAACUAUGUCUAUAACUUCACCAUCACCGGCCAAAGAGGCACACUCUUCUGGCAUGCUCAUAUUCUCUGGCUGAGAUCCACUGUCCAUGGUGCCAUCGUCAUCUUGCCGAAGCUUGGUGUGCCUUAUCCAUUCCCUACACCCAACAAAGAAACUGUCCUUGUGCUUGGUGAGUGGUGGAAAUCAGACACCGAAGCUGUGAUCAACGAAGCUCUUAAGUCAGGAUUAGCACCAAAUGUCUCUGAUUCUCACACCAUCAACGGCCUCCCCGGAUCCAUAUCAAAUUGCCCUUCACAAAGGGGCUUCACAUUACCCGUUCAAAGAGGGAAGACCUAUUUACUACGCAUAAUCAAUGCUGCACUGAAUGAAGAACUGUUUUUCAAAGUUGCGGGCCACAAGUUAACAGUUGUAGAAGUCGACGCCACAUAUGUCAAACCAUUCAAAACAGACACAGUUCUAAUUGCUCCAGGCCAGACCACCAACGUCCUCCUAACCGCCAAUCAAAACUCCGGAAAAUACAUGGUGGCUGUCUCUCCAUUCAUGGACGCUCCAGUCGCGGUCGAUAACAAGACUGCCACAGCCACCGUGCACUACACCGGCACAUUGGCCACAUCCCUCACAACAAGCACCAACCCCCCUCCCCAAAACGCAACCCAAAUUGCCAACACCUUCACAAACUCCCUUAGAAGUUUGAACUCCAAAAAAUACCCUGCCAAUGUCCCAUUGACAAUAGACCACCACCUCUUCUUCACCGUUGGACUUGGAAUUAACCCAUGCCCCACUUGCAAGGCCGCCAAUGGAAGCAGAGUAGUAGCCAGUAUCAACAACGUAACUUUUGUAAUGCCCACCACCGCUCUCCUACAAGCACAUUUCUUCAAAACCAAAGGUGUUUUCACCACAGAUUUCCCUGGAAACCCCCCUCACAAAUUCAACUAUUCAGGACCCGGACCUAAAAAUUUGCAGACUACAAGUGGAACUAAGCUCUACAAACUACAAUAUAACUCAACGGUGGAACUAGUUCUACAAGAUACAGGAAUCAUAACCCCAGAAAACCACCCCAUUCAUCUCCACGGAUUCAAUUUCUUCGAGGUCGGGCGAGGGAUCGGCAAUUUCAACCCCAAAACCGACCCUAAGAAAUUCAAUCUCGUGGAUCCAGUAGAGAGGAACACAAUCGGAGUUCCGUCCGGUGGAUGGACGGCGAUAAGAUUUCGUGCAGACAAUCCAGGAGUGUGGUUUAUGCAUUGCCAUUUGGAAAUUCAUACAACUUGGGGAUUGAAGAUGGCGUUCUUGGUGGAAAAUGGCAAAGGCCCCAAACAAUCGCUUCUGCCGCCGCCGAGCGACCUCCCAAAAUGUUAAUCCACAGGAACAAUAAUAAUAAUAAUAAAACAAAUCGAAAUUUUGUUUUUAUAUUCAAUUAUGUAAAAAUUGAGCCUUUUAUAGUUUAUAUAUUAUAUAUUAUACAUACUACACUAAAUCCAUAUCAUGAUUGUAUCAAUUUUUUCACCUUCAUGUUUCUUUUUCUUUUUCAUUUUUUUUUUUUUUUUGUUAUCAAUGAAUUUUUUUUGUAUUGUUUUGCAAUUUCUUUUCUUGAGAAAGUAAUCCAAUU